UAGCAGGUAGUGUGAAGACGCGUUACUUUUGACUCCAUCGAACCGGGCGGAGAAAAUUGCUACAAUCCAGCCCAUUUGUGGACUUUUCCGGUGUGCAAAUGUCGUUCGUAGCGCUCGCUAGAUCGACCUGGUGCUAGAUGCAGUUUGAAUCAGCAAACAUUUGCAACCCCCGUGUGCAUCCUUCGCUCCGCGUGUUCACCAACGAAGCACGAAGGGACGGCUGUAUGCUGUGCGAGCUGUGGUGAAGUGUGCGUGUGUGUGCGAGAGAGAGAGAGAGAGAUAAAAAACAGUGUGAAAACAACAGAAGUACAAAAAGUGAAAAUCGUUGCACCAUUUGGCAAGGCUCAAGCGAGAGAAAACUAGAAACGCACAUCAAAGCAAGCGUCAUCUCAAGGACUGCUUUGCGCUGACAGGAGCCUUGGGUGUGUGACGUGGUGUGUGUGUGUGCGCGCGCGUGUGUGUGUUGAGUGUAGUUACUGUGCCCGUCGUUUCGCGCGGCCCGUGUCGCCAACCCGGCCAGCCGACAGACAGUAUCGGGCGGAAGCGCAGCGAACCGGGGGAACGGAAGGAAGCACGAUCCGGAGCGAGCGACGACAACGUCUGGCAGGGAGGAGCGGUGGACUCAACGAUGAUGCCGAAACGUUCACGCCUGGGUGACGUCCGCGGGCCGAUCUCGAACGGGCCGAUGCAGUCGCGACCGCUGGUCGCCCUGCUCGAUGGGCGCGACUGCUCGAUCGAGAUGCCGAUACUGAAGGAUGUGGCCACGGUUGCAUUCUGCGAUGCACAGAGCACAUCAGAGAUCCAUGAAAAAGUAUUAAACGAAGCGGUCGGCGCACUGAUGUGGCACACAAUCAUCCUGACGAAGGAGGAUCUGGAAAAGUUCAAAGCCCUCCGGAUAAUCGUCCGGAUCGGUAGCGGCGUCGACAACAUCGACGUGAAGGCGGCCGGCGAGCUCGGCAUCGCCGUGUGCAACGUGCCCGGCUACGGCGUGGAGGAGGUCGCCGACACGACCAUGUGCUUGAUCCUGAACCUGUACCGACGGACCUACUGGCUCGCGAACAUGGUGCGAGAAGGCAAGAAAUUCACCGGCCCGGAACAGGUCCGAGACGCAGCGCAGGGCUGUGCCAGAAUACGCGGUGACACGCUCGGGCUGGUCGGACUCGGACGCAUCGGCAGUGCGGUGGCGCUCCGGGCGAAGGUGUUCGGCUUCAACGUGAGCUUCUACGAUCCGUACCUGCCGGACGGUAUCGAGAAGUCGCUCGGACUCAACCGCGUCUACACCCUGCAGGAGCUGCUGUUCCACUCCGACUGCGUUUCGCUGCACUGUACAUUAAAUGAACAUAAUCAUCACCUAAUCAAUGAGUUCACGAUUAAACAGAUGAGACCCGGUGCAUUCUUGGUGAACACGGCCCGCGGCGGCCUGGUCGAUGACGAGGCGCUCGCCGUCGCACUGAAGCAGGGACGAAUCCGGGCGGCAGCGCUAGACGUUCAUGAGAAUGAGCCAUACAAUGUAUUUCAGGGUGCACUGAAAGACGCCCCGAACCUGCUCUGCACGCCACACGCUGCCUUCUACAGCGAAGCGGCCACGACGGAGCUGCGCGAGAUGGCGGCGAGCGAAAUCCGGCGGGCGAUCAUCGGCAAUAUCCCGGAGUGUCUCCGGAACUGCGUGAACAAGGAGUACUUCCUGCGCUCGUCGACGGGCGGCGGUGCCGGCGGAUACUCAGAAGCUGGUAUAAAUGGCGGCUAUUAUUCAGGUGGAUUACAGCAAGCCCAUAGUACAACACCGCUCGAGGCACCGCACAGUGCAGGAUCGCAUGCGCCACCCAGCGGCGGCGGUCCCCCGCCACCGUCCGUUGCCGUAGUACCGCCUGUUUCCGCUGUAACAGCGCCACCACCACAAGCCUCUUAGUGCCCCCGAUCCAAGUAAUCAUCAUUCGGUUAAGCCGGAACCAUCAGAAGUACAUUAGUUUUUAUCAUUAUAAUAUUAAUAUAAUAAUAAUAUAUGCUGCUACUACCUUUACUACUGUAACGAGAACAAACCCAGGAGGAGAACAAUGGAAGCAAAAAGAAACACGCAAAAUCUUCACCCUUCAAAUACCAUGUACACAACCCAACAAGUGAAAGAGGGGAAGAUACAUACCUGGAAUGUUAAGGAGCUAGGAGCGUCAUAGAACUGCAUGACGAGCAAAAGCAGCGAGAUAAUUCGAAUUGUAAAUCGAGAAACCCUCUUUGCUAACCCAAUUGUAGAACAAGAAAGAGAAGCAUAAUUAAAUGUCACGAAAAAAAGGAAGCAGAACAAAUUAGGUGGAGCAGACAGUGAGAUGACGCAAACAUCCUACGAAGCACUGAAAAAAAACGGAAUAUGGCAAAAGUGAACCUGCAUCCUGAGAAUUAUGAACACAACUCUAUGCGAGAAGGUGCAAGGAUUAUAUAAAAUAGUUUCUUCUUAUUUGUUUUUUUUUUUUUAAUUUGACAAAACAAUGCGUGUGAGGUGUAAUUUUACAGUAUAAAAGAUGAAUUUAAUGAAAAAAAAGAAACCAACACAAGUUGCUAAUAAGAAAGGAUUUUAUUUUUAUUGUUUAAUGUGCUUUUGUCAUUGACAAAAAACAAAAAGAGGAAAAAAGAUAGCGAUAGAAGACAAACAGAAUAUGAGCGAAAGGGAAGCAGCGAGCGUUUGUGAAAAUUGAAGUAAUACAUUGUGUACACGAAACAUUAGAGUAAAUUUACGAGAUAAAAACUGAAGAUAUACUUCUGAAUUGGUACUACCUUACUGAAACACACAACACACAAACACUCGUAUAACAGUUUGUUAGAUAAAAUGUGUGAACAAAAGGAGAAAAACGAAAAACACAUUUAACCUACACCCUUCCCAGACGUUUUACAGUUUAGUAACGGAUUUACUCCUACACAACACUAUACACCCACACACAUACACAUAUAUACAGACAGAUAGAAUGUACACAAUUGGAGAUAGAUAAAAUAAAGUAAAACUGGCAGAAUUAAUGUGUAAUUGAUAAUAAUAAUUGAUAAUAAUUAUUAAAGGGAUGAAACACUUACUAUAUACUUUAAAGAUCACGAGGCGGGCAAGGCGAAGGAGUAAACGAAUGAAAGAGCUGAUGUGUGAUUAAGCAUUAAAAAAGAAAUAGAAACCACAAAAUAAAAUGAGUAUAAUUGCAAAAAAGCAACACCUUGGGCGAAGUGAACGAGGAAGCGAAAGGAAGCAAAAAAAGGAAGAACAAAAUAUUCGUUGAUCUAAAGCAGAGCCCUUAAAUAAGAUAAAUGCAUUAUAGUUUACUACAUGGACAUGGAAGUAGACAAGCGAAACAAACAUUCACAACAUGUAAGCAACAAAGCCUCCUGCGCUGAAAAGAUUACAAUGUAAAUCGCAGUGACAGAGGACGAAAAUGUCCUCGUUUGGUACGUGCACUGAUGAAUGCAUGAAAGUAUGUGUGCAUGUGUAUGUGUGUGUGCGUGCAUGCGUGCGUUUGUUUGCGAAGAUGAGUGAGCUUGAAUGUUUGUGUGAGUGUUUCAGUGAAAAAGAUGAGAGAAUGAGCGAGCGGUUUAGUAUUGAUGAUUGAGCUCUUGAACAUUUUACAAAACCAAGUGCGUUAGUGCAACUACAGAUCAUCAACUACAAAAAAAAGGAAAAAAGAAAAAGGCUAUCAGUAGGGACGAAUCGUAAGGACACACCUUUUCCACACAAACGUUAAGUAACGUACAGAUUCAUAAACUGUCGGACCGUAGCCGGUAGGUAGGUAGGUGCGCGUGUAGGCAGAGGACGGACUGGUGUGGUGGGAAAAUUUCAUCUAUUUUCGUUGCCGGACAGAUUUGUAUUUAAUUCAAUUAAAUAUUAGCAACCGCGAAUCAUCGCAGCACACAUUCGAACACAUACUUCACAACUCAUACUCACAGUUAAUACGAAAAAUCUACUCCUCAACCCUUACGUGUCUAGGACACACUUUUCCCAAAGGCACGCCGGUGUAAGAGGGACGAGGCUCAUAUUUGUCCUUUUGUGCCCUGGAAUAUGUGUAUCGUCAACAGUUGUAUGAUGCUGGCGGUAAAUUAACGCAGCACACGAGGCAAACACACACACACACAUACACAAACACACACUGCAGUUGCACAGCAGUACCUAGUAGUAAUAGUAGUAGUAGUAGAGAUAUACUACACAGUAGCCGAACGAAGGGAAAAACAAACGUGAAAACAUCGUGCUUCUAUUUUAUUGUCACCUUACUUGUCAGUUCAGAUAGAGCUUGUUUUUUUUUCUAAACAAUAAAAGUAAUUCUUGGCGAAACUGUACCCUCUGUUAACUGAGUUGGACUUUUCUUUCAGAGGGCGUAAGCUGAUUACUUCGCUUCCGGGGUGCGCGAAAUUUGAAAUCGAAGUAGUCUGGGAACCGCGUCGAUAGUUUUUCCCAAUCAAAUUACUCACCGACACCAAACUACUGUGUGCGUGCGUGCGUGUAUGUGUGGACCUGUGUGGUGGUAUAGUUUUCUCAAGGACUACUUUGCAUCAUCGAAGAUUGGUGCAGUUGAACAGAGUGGUGCGGUGUCGGAUGAGAAGGACAAUACGGGCUUGGUGAAUGAAAAGUUCUUUGGUUGGUUUUCUAACGUUUGCAACUGGUUUUUUGUACUAUAUUUCCACCACACACAGCUAAGUUUUUAACAUGGACACAUUUUUUCAUCACACUGUUUAUCCAUGGGAGAACGGAAAAACAACAACUUUUGUUUUUAUAGAACCCUCUAAUGUUUCGAUUUUGUUUUUCGAUGAACUGUAGAUGAUGCCAUGCGUGAUGUCAUUUUGAUGAAAAUAACUUGCAUCAACACGUUUUCAUACCCUUUCCUUACCUCGUUGAAGCUGGUUUUGCUAUACAUAUUUUUGAUUCUGUCUAGCCUCCUUUGACCAUCCUGAUUCAAACAUGUUUCUAUGGUGUCCAUCAAUGAAGAAAGGUGGGAACAGCUGGGGUUUGGUUGGGAGAGUAAUCAGAGUCAAAGAAAUGGUCCCCCUUCUCCCCUCUUCGAGCAAUGCAAACGAAAAACAAACAACAAAUCAACAACCUUUUAAGGACGAACACGUGUUUAGCGAUGCGUGUGAGUGUGUGUGUGUCCGUGCGUGCGUGCGUGCGUCACAAUCAUUACUAACACUUUCUAAUGCGUGACGACUCUGGGGUUGCCCUGGGUGACGGAUGCAGGUUGGGUGAAUGGCAGGUUGACGGUGAGCGAAGAAGCAACUUGUUAAUAGUAUGUAGGAUGCUGUAGAUGAGUGAGUAGAGUAGAUCGACAUUUAACAAACACACACACACAUAUACACAAACAGGAUUGAGAAGGCUAGAAAACAUAAAAAGGAUUAAAUAGUCAAAAACACAAGGAAAAAUGUACAUCAAGAAACGAGUAAAAUACUAUUAUUUGUUGUAUCUAAUCAGUAAAAAAAACAAUCUCUUUUUUGAAGAAACUAAACAUGUUACUCAAAUGCUCACUUGUAAAUGAAAAGCGAGGAAAUGGGAAUGAGUACAUUGGAAAACAGUUAGAUUUUUAACGCAGGUAAGGCAGGUAAGCUGCCAGUGGAAAGAAUUGGUUAUUGUAUAUGUGAUUAAUGCGUGCGUGUGUGUAAUUAUAUAUUUUUUUGGUUAUUAAAACAAUGGAACAAUGAUGUUGUAUCCAGCAGCAUUUACUAAAAUGUGAUGAACAGUAAAAAACAAAAAGAAAAAAAAAUCAGAGUACGAUACAGUAGUUGUUAGAGAAAACAAACCGAAGUUGAGAAUGCUCUUUCUUUUUCGCCACACCACGUUUUGCUGCUACCACCCACCAUCCACCAUACAAACACCACGCGCGCGGACUCCUUUUUUCGAUGUAACCCCACAAACACGCACACACACACAAACACAUUAACAUACAGACAUAAUACACACAAGCAAACCCAACGAUAUGAUGAUGCAACUUUCUUCAACUUUCACUUCCCUUUCAGAUAUCGGUGCGAAAAUCUUAGUGGAAAAAGGUGUAAAUCAUUAAUUGGGACGCGGAGGCCAAGAAAGACAGGACAUAAAAACACACAUUUACACUACAAAUGAGAAAGAGAGAGUGAGAAGGAGAAAGAGAGAAUGAGAAGGAGCGAGAGGAAACAUGGAUUCAAUAGUAAAGGCAAAUAAGAACACUUUUUUUUGCGAAAAAUAACCGACAGGAGUAGAACAAAAGAGAAGCAAACACAGACAUACUACAAAACAACAACAACAACAACAAAAUAAAAAUAAAACAAGUAUGAAAGCGUACUAGUAAAGAAAAAAAAAAGAAACAGUAACAGCUUACUGGCAAGAGGAGCGCGAUUGGAAUAAAAGGUUAAGAAGAAGUUUUAUGGAUAAGGCAACAAAAAAUCUGUGUUGAAGUUUAAGGAACAAGAAAUCCGACAAACGGACAAACGGCGGGUGAGGAAAGAACAAAAAAAAAACAUUUAACAAAAAAGAAAAAAAUUGAAGAUGUGUAGCAAGCAAACGAAGCAGCAACAGCCACAGCAUCAGCAGCAGCAGAAG